UUGCAAAGGCAAUUGCCAUAGCAUUCAUACAUUCGUUCGUUGUUGGUAUACGACGCUCUGUGUGUAUUAUGUUAUAUUUUCAAUAUAGCUGAAGCAACGAGCAUUGAAUUCACUAUAGCGCUAUAGCAAGCCAGCAAGCACACGGUAAACGGUUGGAAUAUCAGCUCAGCCCAUACACAGUAUACAAGAUUCUACGGCACAGUAAAAGCAAAGCAAACGGCAGCGCAUUUGUUGGAGAUUAUACAAUUCAAACAACAAGCAGCAAUUCAGCGCAAAGCUAAAAUAUAGGCGAUUGCCUGCCUGAAUAGCAAGCAUAGGAAAGCGACAGAAGCAGCAACGCCACACAAGUCAGCUAUAGACGACAACGACGACUUUGCAAUAUAAAAGAAUAUAUAAAAUAUACAGCGUGACUACGGACCAAGGGGCUACGACGUCGAGAUACUCGUGUGAGAAAUACGACGACGACGACGCAGCGGAAUAUACGACUAAAGAGGCGUUUGGAUACGGAUACAAGUGAAGUGUGUGCAGAUAGAAGCAAUAGCUAUAUGGGAGUAAUGUAACGGCUGGUUAUACGAAACUACCAUAUACAUUUAACACAAUACAUGCUAUAGACCAGGGGCAAAGCUGUAUCCAUAAUAUAGAGCCAUAGUAACGAGCAUUGCUAGUACAGAAGCGGUGCAUAGAGCUCUACAUUUUGUGCCACAAAGUAUAGACGAAACGAACCAAGCGUAUAACGAAAACGCUAGGCUGAUACAUACGUAUAUACAGCAUAAAGAAAAUAAAAAAAAAACCGCAAUACCAACUGGGUUUCGCGUCGCAAUUUGGUAUUCGUGUCAGCGUUUGUUUGCGCAUUUGUGAGUAUUGGAUUCAACGAAGAGAAAGGGCAAGAGUGUGUUGUAUCUCGAACCAUAAUUCAAGGGAAGUGGAGUGAAGUAGAAGUGAAGAGGUAACAUUGAUAUAUUGGUUUUGUACUACGGGCCGAACGGGUGUGUAAAGUAAAGCUAGUGAACAUUGCUUGAAUUUCUUUUUUUUAUAUUAUUUGAUAGCACAAAUUGUCGAGAAAACUGAAAACAGAGACGCAUUUUAUAUGCGUAUAAACAAGUAGUAGUUUUGUGUGUGAUUGCAUUUAGCGAAUUGAUAAAGUGUUGUUAAGAGAAAAAGCUUGCGAAGUACAGAAGAGGAUUGUCGCGCGCGCGAAUACCUCCAAUUACUUUUGAGGCCCCCCCUUGAAAAAUAUCUUUAACGACUGUGUUGGCCACAUUGUAUAUGCCCAGCAAGCAAGCAGACGCACAACGAAAGUAGUGUGUGAGAGCCUAUAUACAAAGGAGUGAGAGGAGAGACAUAUAUUUUUAUUCUUCGUGUACUGCCAGCAAGCUAGCAAGCAAGCGGCAGCAUUCGAGUACAUUGUUGGUAUUGUAUAAUUUUAUAAUACGUGGAGUGGCGAACGGCGGCACAUUGUUGAACAACGCAACGUAAACGCCUAAACAAAGUGUAUAGCCAUAGCAUUUGUGUAUAGAGUCGAAAACCUUAUAGCAGCAAGCAGCAGCAUAGGAAAUAUAGCGAAGACAACAACUACAGCAAAAGCAGCAGCAGCAACAACAAGAGCAAUUAUAGUGACGCAGUAAAGCAGCAGCAGCAACAACAAUACAACACAAAAUUGCAGUAUGGAGCAUUUUCAUCAGAUUCAGCAAACUCUUCAACACUAUCAGCAGCAGUUGGCUGCGCAGCAGCAGCAGCAGGCAGUACAACAACAACAAUUACAGCAACAGCAGGCCCAUCAAGUGGUCGUGCAACAAAAUCAACAGCAAGCACAUCAAAAUAAUGCCAACACCACUUCUGGUGUAGGCGCCCAACAGUUAUUUACCUAUAAAAUGGCCAGUAGCUUCCCAAAUCCAGCCACGACCAUGGCACAGGUGGUCGCUACCUCAAAUGCGGCCGGUUCGACCGGCUAUGAUUAUCGUUUAAAUAUGGCACAAGCAGCUGCAGCGGCAGCGGUACCCGGUUCGCAGUGGUGGUAUUCGGCUGCGAAUUCUGGUCAGAUUGAUGCCAAUACAGCUGCACAAUUGCAGCAGCAACAGCAACAACAGCAGCAACAACAACAGGCACAGCAACAGCAGCAGCAGCAGCAACAACAGGCACAGCAACAGCAGCAACAACAACAGCAAGCGGCUCAACAACAGCAACAGCAGGCACAGCAACAGCAACAACAGCAAGCGGCUCAACAGCAGCAGCAACAACAACAGCUACAACAGCAACAACAGAAUGCCGCAGCGAGCACGAUGAUUCGUGGCGCUAAAGCUGAUGCGAAACCCCGAGGCCGUAUGACCGCGUACGCUUAUUUUGUACAAACAUGCCGAGAGGAGCACAAGAAGAAGCAUCCCGAUGAGACAGUAAUUUUUGCUGAAUUCUCACGGAAGUGUGCUGAGCGAUGGAAGACAAUGGUGGACAAAGAGAAGAAGCGCUUCCAUGAGAUGGCCGAAAAAGAUAAGGCGCGAUAUGAAAUGGAAAUGCAAAAUUACGUACCACCCAAGGGCACUGUAGUUGGUCGUGGCAAGAAGAGGAAAAUGAUUAAGGAUCCGAACGCGCCGAAAAGAUCAUUGUCUGCAUUCUUUUGGUUUUGCAAUGAUGAACGUAAUAAGGUUAAAGCAGCGAACCCUGAAUAUGGUGUAGGCGAUAUAGCCAAGGAGCUCGGCCGCAAAUGGUCCGAUGUGGACCCAGAGGUUAAGCAAAAGUAUGAGCUUAUGGCUGAGAAGGAUAAAGCGCGCUAUGAGCGGGAAAUGACCGAGUACAAAACAAGCGGGAAAAUACCAAUGUCCGCGCCUUCAAUGCAAGCACAACAGGCUGCAGCGCAGAAAGCCGCGUUACUCGCCGCCAGUUCGCAGCAGCAUGAGGAGCAUGGCGAUGAUGACGGCGACGGUGAUGAUGACGAAAAUCAAUAGAUUUAAGCAAUUUACAAAAAUUACAAAAAAAAAAAAAUGAGAAGAGAGGAAAGAAAAGAAAAAAUAAAAAAUUAAACAAAAAAAAAAAUGAAAUAACAAAUUUUCCACUCAGCAAGAUAAUGGAACUUAUAUUACGUAAAAUAUAAGAAAAACAUAUAUAUAUAAUAAAUUUGAAUGAGUUAUAAGUACCAAGCAGAAAGAAACAAAUAAUAAAAAACAUAAAACAAUGAAACAGACGAGAAUUAAACAAGAAAUUAUGAAAUUGACAGGGAGUAAAACAUACAACAACAACUCUAUGUAAAAAAAGAAAAACGAAUAAACAUAUACGUAGUGUAAAUGUGUGCUGGAAACGCUAAAUCUAAAGCUAAAAGUAAAUGUAGGUAAAGGAAAUCACUAUCAAGGAAAUAAAUACAAGUUAUUGUGCUGAAGAAAAGCAAGAACAAUAUUUUAAAACAACACUACUUUUAAAAAUCAUUACGGCAUAUACAACUAUCAAGUACGUACUAUCCAUCAUGCAUUCAUUGGUUAUAAUUUUCAUAAAAUUAACGAAUAAUCACCAACUACACACCACGUAAAUUUGUUACAAAUUAUAAACACCAAAUCAAUCUACUCCCUAAAACUAAUUUACCAUGUGAUGCUCAUUUUGAGUAGUGAAAUACAUACACAUACACACACACACAUAAAACAGUUGAAAUUACAGCAAUGUGAAUGAAUUAAAAGAAGAGAAGAAAACAGUAAGAACAAUUAGUUUCAAAUGCAAAAACCAUCUAAUAGCAACUACAAACGAAAAUAGAGUUGAUUGAAAAAGGCAUCUUUGAAUAAUAAUAAUUGCAAACAACUCAGAUACGUUUACAUUUUUAUUAUAAUACAUUAAUUUGUUCGCUUAAUUUCUACCAUUAGCAAUAAAUAUUAGGAUUAAAGAGAGACACUCAUAGUUUAGGGGCAAUUAAGAAGUAAAUGAAGAGAAAGUGUAACCGAAAAAGCCAAUAUGAAAGUGGCGUUGUGUGUUUGACUUUAAAUACAAAUUCACAAGAAUUUAUUAUUACUCUAUUGUCGUUUCGAUUAUUGGCAGUUAUUUUUAUUUUUAUUAUUCUUAAAUAUUUCCAAAACUGGCAUAUAAUGUUAAUAUGAAACAAAAUUUGAAUAUUAUUGAUUUUUUUCCUUUAGUUUGUAGAAAAAAGUAAUACGUACUUUAUUUACCAUUUCAAAAUCAUACAAAACAACAACAGUAUAAAAAGGAAUGUUUUAAGUCAGAAUAUAAGGACAACUUAAAAGCAAAAAAAAAAAAUAAAAUAAAAAAAUAAAGAAAAAUAUUGAAAUAUUUUUAUAAAUACAAGAAAGUGUGCGUUUGAGCUAAAUAUGUACGAGUAUCUCGAAUGUGAAUUUUUAGAGGCAAUUAUUGCAUACAUAAAUAUACAUACAUACUGUGAAUAACUGCUAGCCACAAUAUUAAUAUAUGCAUAGGCAACACUUAUGUAUAAGCAAAAUAAUUGUAUACCACAUGCAUACAACAACUACAACAACAACAGUAAAACAAUAACGACAAGAUUACAAACAAUAUAAUAAAUUUAUAUAAUGUACGAUAAGAUCUAGAAUAUACAAGUGGUGAAAAACCAAAAAAAAA